UGUGGUUUUUGGCAAUUCAAGCAUCUUAUCUUAAUAUUCCUCUCCUUUUAGGUUCACUCAGGAGAUCGAGAAUUUGAAGGAACUUCAUCACAAAACUGAGUUUGCAGCUUCUUCAAAUAGUUGGAUCGAAAUGCUGAAAGAGAGUUCUUCAUCUAAUGGCGUUAGAGCCAGCUCGAACUCCAGGUCCGCUGUUGGCCCCAACAACUUCUCCUCCGGCGGAUCCUCAUCACCGCACUACAAUUGCAACCCGUUUCUAUCACCCUCAUCUCCGCGCCAGCUCGACUUAACCGACUAUUCAACAAACUGUUACUCCUCGCUCUUCGCUCACAGCUGUAAAUCUCCAUCCGAUACCUCAUUCGACGACGCAGAAGCUAUGGCCACUGAACGCCGACUUUUUCACGCCAGUUUCGUCCUGGAGUACCAGCAGCUCUACAAUCGGUAUACUCUGUGUCUCGCUCACCUUCAGGAGUCCCUCAAGGAAGUCAAUGCUCUUCGCCAGGAGAACGAGUCUAUCCGUCUCGCAAACGCCGAUUUGGUCCAGCGUCUGAGUCUCCUUUCUCAGGCGACGAUACAGAACUGUCUUCUCUCCGAUUUCAGUCACCUAGGUAUCGGAGUCCGAGCCUCCCCUAUCCGUGACACUCUCACCACGGAAUCAAAACCUCCGAACGUGAGGCCACCGCCGGGAGUCAUGGAGCAACACCGGCUCGAAAGAAGGAAUCAAGAGCAAAUCCCGAUUCCAAAGAGCAUUUCCGUGCGCUCCAGCGGCUACCUGAAGAUGAAAGCACAAGAUGGAUCCGCUGGUGGCCAGAGUAGCCACCGACUCAAUACUCAACCUCUUGGCCAAUCGCAGCAAAGAGUAUAUGUUCCUGGCGUAAAGAGGGAAGAGGAAGCACUGGAGUUCGAGGUGUACAACCAGGGGAUGCUCAAGACAGAGCUAUGCAACAAAUGGCAAGAGACCGGCGAGUGUCCUUACGGUGAGAACUGCCAGUUUGCGCACGGCAUAAAAGAACUCCGUCCGGUGAUCAGGCAUCCACGCUAUAAAACAGAGGUCUGCCGCAUGGUGCUCGCCGGCGACAACUGCCCUUACGGCCACCGUUGCCAUUUCCGCCAUUCUAUCGCCGCCGACCAGGAUCGACCCUCCUCAAACCAUCUCCGUUGAGCCUACUUUCAAAAAUGUUAGUGCCAUAAAUAGUCACUCCAUUAAUAAAAAUCUCACGACGUGUUACAAUCAAUUGUUAAACUUAUUGGUUUCAUCACAAACGUCAUAGUGAGAUUUUUAUUAAUGAAAACAAUCUUAUUAUCCU